AUGCGAAAGGAAAUAUUUCUCCGCAUAGCGCGGGAUAUACACUCCUUUAACAACAUUCAACCGCUACCGAAGCACAUUCAGUUUUUCCACAAAGCACCGACGGAUGCUGCUGGUCGUCCCGACUUUAACAUUUUUCAGAAAUGCACUUCCGCAAUUCGCCAAUUAGCUUAUAGCUAUAAGGCUGAUGCUUUGGACGAGUACUUGCAAAUAGCGCAAGAUACGGGGUACCAAUGUUUAGACGCUUUCUGCAAAUGUGUGACACACCUGCAUCAACACGAGUACUUGAGAAGGCCAACAGAAGCAGAUAUCCAGCGUAUAACUGCUAAACAUGAGGAGGUUCAUGGUUUUCGAGUAUGCUUGGUAGCAUAUAUUGCAUGGAUUGGGGGUGGAGGAACUGUCCGGUGGCAUGGCAAUGGCAGUACACGCGAGGCAACAAGGGGCAUCCCACAAUCAUGCUUGAAGUGGUUGCUUCCUAUGAUUUGUGGAUCUGACAUGGCUCCUAAAGUAGAGUUUUCGGUGAAUGGCCACCGGUUUGGAAAGGGAUAUUACCUAGCAGAUGGUAUUUAUCCUGAAUGGGCCACUCUUGUCAAGUCUGUUAAGUGCCCGAUGGAGCCGAAAACCACCAAGUUCAAGAGAUACCAAGAAGAUGCAAGGAAGGAUGUCGAGCGAGCAUUCGGGGUUCUUCAAGGUCGUUGGCAGAUUGUUGAGCAACAAGCCCGGGCCUAUAGUGUGAACAAAAUAAAACGUAUCAUGUUAUGUUGUGUGAUUCUGCACAACAUGAUCGUUGAAAAUAACGGGCGCGCAAUUACAGAGUUUGGAACCUCCCGGAACGCAGCCGUCAACGUUGAUGCGCAGUUUCUUUUUUCUAAUAAUGUGAUUUUUCGCAAUUUAUGUUUUCUAGUUUAA